AUGUUCGCCUAUCCAAAGUUAAUUACUUUAUCUGCAUCAAGAAGCCAUACAGCCACCAAGCAUUUGACUGGCAAAUUACAAUCUGCUAUUUCUCAUCGCCUGUUUUAUUCUUGGCUGAAUUACGUUUUCAACAGAGUCGACGAGAAUAGAAUAAAAGACGUUGGACCAGAUCGAGUUGCAGCGGAAUGGGUUUUACGCUGUGGUGGGUCUGUAAAAUUUGCAAAUAAAAAGUGGCUUAGUGACUAUAAUAGCCUGAGUGAUGGUCCUCGUGCUUCUUUCAUGCUCGAACAUAUCGAUCUUAAUGAAACUACUAUUACUGACGAAGGAUUAAGACAUGUUACAUUUCUUAAAUAUCUGAAAUCGAUAAACCUAUGCACAUGUCAUAACGUAACCGAUAUUGGAAUGCAUCAUAUCAGUAGCCUACAGGAAUCUUUGAUUAAGUUAAAUUUAAAUGGUUGCAGCUCUGUCACGAAUGCCGGACUUUUAAGCCUUCGUGAAUUAAAGCUGUUAGAAGAGUUAGACAUUAGAAAUAUGAUGAGUGUAAAGGAUGAAGAAUUGGUUAUUGCUGAAUUGAAAGCAAAUCUGUCAGUAUGUGAAAUUUUAUCAGGUGAUGUAUCGUAA